CGCGCCGUCCCUGCGCCUCGCAGCAACAUCCCCUUGGAUUGUCUUCAUCGUCGUCCCUCGCCGGUGAUUGUCUCUCGCAGGGCCGGUGAUUGUCUCUCGCAACAUCAUCACCUUCCAGGCACAAUAAAAUGGCACUUAUGGUUCCCACCAAAGAUCACUUCCCUGCGCAGUAUUCGGUUUGUGGAGAACUAGAAGAUGCAGUGGCCAUAGUUAGGAGCAAAUUGAGUGUAGAGAAUAUGGCGAACUUUCGAAAAAUGCCAUUCGGUCAUUUCAUGGAUGUGCGGAAGCUCCAAUUUUCUGGACAACUCAUCCAUAUCCUUAUGCUACAUCUCGUCCGCGAACAACCUGAAGACGAGAUGUGGUUUAUGAUCAAUGGUACUCUUCACAAGUUCACUUUUGAAGAUUUCUGUCGAAUCACAAGUUUGCCGACUUCGAAGUCAUAUCCAAAUUUUAGCAAUGUGAGGUCUUCGUCCGAGACUAUUCACAAAAAGUAUCUUGGAGGGGGGACGGUGAAAUGCACCUUCGCGCACUUUCGGAAUAUGUUUAUGACUGCGGAGGAAGAUGUACCCGGGAGUGAUUUACAUAAGCUUGCCUCAUUGUAUUUUGUUGAGCAUGUGCUGUUAGCAAAAGAUAGAGGGGAUGAUGGAUGGCCAACCGGAGAAAUUUAAAGAAAAGAAAAAUAACAACUCCAAUUUGAAGUCUUGGAAAUAUGCAUUGUAUGGAUUUCCACUUGUUCUGCGGAUUUGGGCUUAUGAGACGUUUCCAGUGCUUGACGCCGAGGUUGCUCAGUGUAAUCGAGCGAUAAAAUGUCCACUGUUACGUUGGGGAGCCAAGAAAUGCCCACAGUACCACUCUCUAAAGCAGUUGCUAUUCCCUAAUGAACCUGAAGAAGUCGCAAAUAAGAUGGACAACACACUUGAUUUGUUGUUUAGAAGUGUUGAAGAUUUAAAGAACACUCUAAACAAAAGGAUUGAUGCAUUGGAGGAUAAAAUUGAUGGUUUGUGUUGUGACGUGAAGGAUAUGUUCACGGUUGUAGUAAACACACCUUCAUCAUCACAUGUUGCCGUAAUUCGGGCUGUGCAACCACAAUUGGAUCGGGCUUGUGGCUUUAGACAAUUCUUAGAUCGGCUCACCCUAUUACCUUCUCUACCACAUGAGAUUGUGAUAGAACGUAUUAUUCCAUAACAUCCCCUCCUCAAACUUCUCUUUUUAAUGGGAAACCCCAUUCCCUUUGCAUAAGUAUGGUAGAAUUCAUAUAUGGCAUCAUAAUUCGAAAACUUCAUCCCAACAUCAGGGACAAGGCUUACAGGGACUGGGAGUUCAGCACUUCUUCGAACAUUGCCAUCACUUUCAUUCUCUUCAUGUGUGGACAAAUUACCGAUGGCCGGCAUGUUCAACACCGCUGUUUCUGGACAAACAUUUCCAACAUUUCCAUCAAUUCCGUUUUCUUCAACACAUAGCUCUCUGGACAUGUCCAUCUCAAAACCUAGAAAACAAUAUAAUACCUUAGUAUUAAUGCUAUUUACCAUGAGGAGGGUGAUAUAAACUUGAAACUUACAAUGCCCCGUUGUGUUGUUGUUUUCCUCGCACCCAUCCAACAUGUCAAUGAAAGAGAUGUCAAGUA